AUGAAAUCAACUCAGUGCAAUUUUUCAUUGAUAGUUGGCUACUUAUGGGUUGCUAUCGUUUUCGUCCAGUGUAGCUUUUCAUUGGAUGAUUCUUCUUCUCCACCCUUGGUUGAUGCACCUGGGAUUUGUGUAUUGAAUUUUACGCAAAAUCCAUACCAACCAACCGGAGAAUGCUUAAAAAAAGACCAAGAGAGAAUAAUGCAAUGGGAUAGCUUCCGCACAACCGUUUGCUGCCGCAACGCAAUGACGGCAUUGUCUCAAGCCCUAGCCCUGCGGACACUCACGCAGCCACCUGCCAACGCCACAAUCUUCAUCGCCAAUGACCUCUGGAAAAGCUGUACAGUUGGCCCUUUCUCCAGGCAACCCUCAGUGUCUGCAGACUUGUGCGGCUUUGGUGGCUUCUUCUACGGCGAUAGUACUAUUACUGGUAGUCACUGCUCCAACUUAACUUUACAAGACGUAAAACAACUUAAGACGUAUCAAGGUGCUGUCACCGCUUGCAACACUCCUUACGACGAUUUUAAUGGUGCCUGCUCUAAUUGUACGAUGGCAUUAAUGAUUUUGAGGGAUGAACUAGUGGUCGGAUCUGCCGAAAAAAGCGAUCAGAAGACUGAGACUGCCGUCUGCGCCGUUGCUGCUGUGGUCUCUAUUGUGUCAGCGAUUUUGGAUAGUAGUUUGAGUACUGGGGAUCUGUACCGGUGUUUGCUUUUGUUAGACAAGUCAGAUCCAGAUUACCUGAAGAUUAAAUAUGCGUUGGCUCAAGUAUUGUUGGCAAUCGUAGUAGGGAUAAUAGGAAUGCUACUGAUCAUAGCACUGGUAAAAUAUGUGAGCAAGAAGACGAAGGGUAUGAAAAGGAGUGAAUCAUCGAAAGAGCAGUUUCCGUCUUGGUCGGGGCUGUAUAGAUUCUCAAAGACGGAGAUAGAGAAGGCGAUAAGCUUCGGGAACUACGAGAGCCUGGGAAGUGGGAGCGCAGGGCAUGUAUUCAAAGGAAUUUUGCCGAGUGGGCAAGCGGUGGCCAUCAAGCACAUAAACCAGAACAACAACGAGCAUGCCGAGUCUUUCAAACGCGAGGUCGAAGGUCUUUCCAGGAUUCGACACCCCAACCUUGUUUCCCUCUUUGGUUUCUGCAUUGAAGACGAUUGUCUUUAUCUUGUCUACGAGUACUGCUCUGGAGGAAAUCUUUCUCACCAACUUCUAAGGAAAAAUACCCUUCUAACAUGGGAUAUACGAGUGAAAAUUCUACGAGAGUGCGCCAUUGCACUUAGGUAUCUUCACCAUUACGGAGAUGGUUGUAUUGUUCAUAGAGAUAUCAAGCUUACGAACAUCCUUUUGACUGAGAAAUUGGAGCCAAAGCUGUCGGAUUUUGGGUUGGCAAAGCUGUUGAACGUGGAAGAAAGUAGAGUAUUCACUGCUAUUAGAGGAACCAUAGGUUAUAUGGACCCUGAAUACAUGAGCAACGCCAAGUUGACAUGUGCCAGUGAUAUCUACAGUUUUGGCAUCGUCACUCUCCAACUUUUGGCUGGCCAGAGAGUUAUCGAGCUUAAUCUCGUUGCUAGUGAUCAACUCACAAGAAAGGCAAGAGAUGUGAACUUGGGGAAUCGUCCUAUUGAGGAUUUUGAAGACCCUCGACUGAAAGGGAAGUACAAUAAGGCUGAUUUCAGAGCCAUACUUUCGAUUGCUAUUCUCUGUGUUGCAAGCUCGAGUGAAGAUCGCCCAACUAUUGAAAUGGUCGUUAAUGAGAUGAACAAGGCCUGGAAGAACACCGAUGAAUACAAGCGUGAAAAGAAGAGGACAAAGCAAGGGUCAUCGAGUAAUAAUGCAUCAGCAGCGUCUCCAUCGUUAGAAGUGGUUCUUGGUUGA